ACUGCUCAGGGACCUAGGCAGGUACCUCGGUACCUAGGCAGGUAGCCGCCUGCACCGCCUUCUUAGGUAGUGUAACACUGCGGGAGCCCCUCCAAAGCUAACCCAACCUUGGAAACAUUGAUUUUCGGCCUACCCAAACCGCGACGCGUUUAUCGCAACUUACCAUCUACUGGACGGACUAAGGCGCCAGAUCCGACAUCAUGCGCCAUGACGACGUCUUUCGCUUCAGAGACCGAGCUCUUGACAGAGCAUUUUGGCUACCCCCCAGUUAGUCUUCUCGACGAUAUAAUCAAUAGCGUGAACAUUCUCGCUGAGCGUGCCCUAAACAGCGUCGAGCAAGGUCUUUUGAACGCACCCCCAGCUGCUCUCGGCUUCAAAGCGCCCAAACCACAAGAUGCCGCGGCAGCAGCCGAGUCGGAGCCAUCGCCCGCCGACAGAGCCCAGAGCGAGGUCGAGGCCGGCACCCACCAGUUAGAGACGCUUUUGUGCGCCAGCAUCGACCGCGAUUUCGACAAGUUCGAACUCUACGUGCUACGAAACAUCUUCACAGUACGGCCGCCGGAGCUAUGCAAUUGGAUUCGGCUGUCGCACUACGAGGGGUUGAAUUUCAGCAGCAGGCGGAAUAUUAGUGUCCAUACCGACGAAAACAACACAGUCGUAAACAACAACAAUAACGUCUCGGCCGACACGCCGACGAUAGAAUCCAUUACAACGCUACGCCGCCGCCUGCGCGAAUCGAUGCGUUUAAAUGCCCUUUUAACGGCCGAGCGUGCUCGCAAUGACGCCCUGCUCGAGAAUCUGCGCCGCCUAGUCGGGGACUCAGCCUCGGCGGGUCCACAGGUGAAAGCAGAGAGCACCUCGCCAGCUCAGGGAAACCCAGGCGUAACCGAUGGCCAAGCUAUCUCUGGAGAUGACGAGAAGCCCAAGAACCCCUUUGCCUUCCUGCACAAGAAGGGCGACUUAGCGUCUUCGGGUGGUGGUGCGGCGCCCCUCGCCACCACAGCAGGUUUCACAUUGUCGCAAAUGCAAGCGCUCCGAGCUCUAUCCACAGCGCUAAGUAACCUACUGUCAGACCUGAAGUCCUCGACUGCCGGAGCGCCUGAUGGCGAAACCCAAGGAUCCAGUGCGGGCGGUUCUAGGAGCUGGAGGCGUGAAAGAGCCGAGUACGUCGAGGCCGCGACCCGUCGCCAUCUAGAGACCAUGCACGGGCUCGAGCUCAGCAAGCACGGUGAAGUCCGCGACGGGGAGUGGCAGGGGCCCGGACGCAGCCUUGCAAGAGGCGAGGUCGAAGGUCUCGAGCGCGUCGUUGCGAUGCUGGGCGAUGAAGAUGGUGCUGAUAUCGGCAGUACUUUCAGUGCCACUAGGGGCGUUACUUCAUCUUCAUCCGCAGCUCACGAUAGAGGCCAGAUGGAUGAGUCAUGAAGCUUGCGAUUAGAGAAGGAAACAAAUUUAUCGGGUAAAGGGGAAUACCCUGAUCUGAACAACCCGAUUAUCAAGGACUUAUUAGGCGUUGUAUGUGCAUGAGAGGGUUAGGGCCCUUUGAGAAUUCAGGAGCUUGGAGUUUUUGGGCGUUCAAUGUUGGUGGGUUGGAUGGAUUCGCUGUGAGCUUGGGUCAUAAGAGCGCGCCAAA